UCUAAACGUAGUUAGUGACCAUAAACGCGACAAUUAUAUCGCAUAAGACUCCCCGCAUAUAACAAAACGAUCCCCCCACCAAAUCUGGCAACAAACCCAUCAUAGGUCUUCAUCAAUAUUAACAUAUGAGCAAAUCGAAGGCUUGAUUCCUUCCGUAGUCGGGGAGAAAGCAGUUUUUCACGAAAACCCCAACUUCUCAUCCGGAAUUCUACGACUUGGGUUGUCCUCGGAUUUUGUCGUCCUUCAUCGUAUCUUCGCGGGGCGUUGAUUGAUCGAGGGUCGAUCAGAAAAGAAAGGGUUGCGGUGUCUUUUUAUUUGGGGGUCCUCUUGUUUUUCCUCUUCCUUUCCCCACCCCCCACACAACAGAGGAAGAGGAGGAGGAGUGGAUUAAGACCCGUCACUUCGGAUUCUGGAAGUCACAAGUGAGAGGCAGAGAGGGCUGAGGCAAUACAGAGACUUUCGAGACUCCCUACUCUUUUUUCUUUUCUCGGUGGAGCUUGUUGCUGGUUCAUUUCAUCAUCUUUCAUAGCCCUUUAGACUGGAAUUCUGUGCUAAGUAUUACUCAUAUGGGUUUCUUGAAGUCACGAGCAAGGUGGAAGGAUUUGAGGAAGGCAGAAGAGGAGAGAGAUUAACUAUUUGCGAGCCAUGGAUAAUUCACAUGAGACAUUAAAUGGACAUGGACCGACUGGUAAUGGUCAUAUGACCCCUGUGAGGCACACUCUGUAUCAACCCAGUAUAAAUCUAGCAUUAUCUUGGUUAGAUAUAAAAGUCUUUUAUGUCCGCAUUAGCAAAUGUGAGGUUGAUGAUUUGACACCUGAAAACCUCACUCUUAACCAUAUCCCUCUGAACCGCGACACACUGUUAGAAGUUAAUGGUGUCAGAACUGGGAUUUAUUCUGAUGGAGUUUCGACCAUUCUUAGAAGGGAUCGGUUGGAUAAGAAGUCUGAAGAAGUUAUAUUUGUGAGCACUGAUAGCACGAGGAUGACGAACAGUGUGAAGUUUGAGGUUUUUGACAGGGAUGCUCUGGUGUUGUCUGGGGUUCUAGAAUUGUGUAGCACAAAUGGGUUUAUCCAAGAACCGAGAAACUUUGUCCAUGGAUGGAGCUUGACUUGUGAGACAGAUAUAACAGUAAGCAGUGGCUUCUUCCGAGGAAGACAGCCCAUGGGUCCAAACUCAAGUUCACCCACAAUUGAAGUUUAUGUAGCAGGGUCGUUCUCAGGCACACCCAUCAUAUUGACUAAUACUUUGCAGAUUAGUUCCCGCAAGAAGCACUGCAGGAAUGGGAUGCUAGAUACGAUUCCAGAGUAUGAGUCAACCGAGUCUCAGAUAGAUGUUGCUUCUGCGCUUCCUUUGCAGAUGGAGUACCCAUACCCGGACCCCAAACCGGAAUGCGAGGAAUAUGACCACCACCUGUACUCAGGUUCAGAAUACUUAGAGGGCGAAGAUGGGGAGCUCUCAUGGUUCAAUGCAGGCAUGAGGGUGGGCGUUGGGAUUGGUCUUAGCGUUUGUCUUGGGGUCGGAUUAGGAGUCGGAUUGCUCAUUCGAACUUAUCAAGGAACGGCCCGCACCUUCAGGAGGAGGUUACUUUGAAUCCACCUCGGUGCCAUACAAGUUGCCAUGCAGGAGGAUCUCGACUCGUUCUGUUUGCUCCUCGCAAUGUCAAGCAUCCGCCCUGUCUGCAAUUUCGGAUAUUGAAUUGCUCAAGUUGCGUUUCCUGGUUUGACUUGGUUCGCAACAUGUUUCUGGAAGAAAAGAUGGGUUGCAGCGUCCAACACAGGCUCGCUGCAGUUUCUAUCACAUAAUUUUGUAGAAAUGAGUUGACUUGUGUCGCAGACAUCUUCUUGAUGUAUCGCACAGAUCCUCUCGAUGCAUCGAUAAUCAGAUUGUUACUGUGAAAGUUUUAAUGUUAGUGUACACGAUUGUUACCGUACACGAUUUCGAAUAAUAAUCACUUUGGAAUGAUUUGUCUCUA